GCGAGCGAAACUUUCUCGCUGUGUGAUUACAGGAUUAUUUGUUUGCAAGAUGUUUGUUUUCUAUUUAUUUGUAAUGUGGAUAUGGAGAUUAUGGAGAAUGUGGAAAAGAAAGCUGCGACUUCUUCUAAUAAUACUGUUGCUUCCAAUCAUAGUUAUAUUUCUUCUUGUUGUGAGUUUUCAAUCCAAACUGGCUGACAAUAACUCCAGCCAAUUGAAAGUACUACAUAAGAAAAAUGAACAAAUUGAAUACAUUGACAAAAGAGGUGUUCAUGUGAUUGUGGGCCAUUUUAUUGGAAAUGAUUUGCCUUGGGAUGCAACGCCUAAUCUCACUGAUGCUGAAGUCAAUGCGAUUGGUUAUGCUCCACUACCUAAAGCCGGUGCUAUGGGAGAAGCUUAUUUUGUUUCCCCAGCUGAAAGAAAAAGAAGCAAAAAACUCUUCCAUUUAAAUAAAUUCAAUUUGGUGGCCAGUGAUCGAAUUCCUGUGAACAGAACAUUACCAGAUGAGAGAAGACGAGGGUGUAAAGACAAAUUUUACAAUGUGCAUGAGCUUCCAACUACUAGCAUUAUUAUAGUGUAUCAUAAUGAAGCUUGGUCAACAUUACUAAGAACUGUUCAUAGUGUCAUUGAUAGAUCUCCUAAUCAUCUUAUAAAUGAAAUAAUACUUGUUGAUGAUGCAAGUACCAGAACUUUUUUAGAUAAACCAUUGAAAGAAUAUGUGUCCCAUUUGCCGGUGCCAGUGAAAAUAGUACACUCCUCAAACAGAACUGGACUCAUACGUGCUCGUCUCAUGGGUGCUGAAAGAGCAACUGGAGAUGUUCUUACGUUCUUAGAUGCCCAUUGUGAAUGCACAAUAGGCUGGCUGGAGCCUCUUUUGUAUCAUGUCUCAAAGAAGCGAUCGCGAAUUGUCUGUCCAAUCAUUGAUGUAAUUCAUGAUGAAACUUUUGCGUACACCAGAAGCUUUGAAUUACAUUGGGGUGCAUUUAACUGGGAAUUACAUUUCCGUUGGUUUCCUGUCGGUGAAAGAGAAUUACGAAAAAGAGUGAAUGACUCAAUGGCACUGUUCAGGACUCCUGUGAUGGCUGGUGGUUUAUUUGCUAUUGAUAGAUCAUACUUUGAAGAAAUUGGAAGAUAUGAUGAGGAAAUGGAUAUUUGGGGUGGAGAAAAUAUCGAGAUGUCAUUUAGAGUUUGGCAGUGCGGUGGCUCCAUUGAAAUAGCACCUUGUUCACAUGUGGGGCAUGUCUUUCGUAAGUCCUCACCCUAUACUUUUCCAAGGCCAGGUGGGGUUGGUGCUGUUCUGCACAAAAAUCUUGCUCGUGCUGCUACUACAUGGAUGGAUGAGUGGAAAUCCUUCUAUUUUAAAUUAAACCCUGAGGCUGCUAAAUUAAAUAAAAAUAUCAAUAUUGAAUUCCGACUGAAAUUGAGAGAGAAAUUAAAAUGCAAAAGCUUUCAAUGGUACUUGGAUAACGUUUGGCCCGAGCAUUUCUUACCCACAGAUGAUACAUUCUUUGGAAAAAUUCGGAAUUUAAAAAGUGGUAAAUGUUUCCAGAGAGGAAGUUCAUCUGCUCCACAACAUACGAUGGGCAAGAUGACUUUAUUCUCUUGUGUUUUUGAAAUUUAUCCGAGACAGUUGUUUGUUUACACUAAAAAAGAACAAAUUAUGACUGAUGAAUCUCUCUGCUUGGAUUCGCCAGAGGGUGCUGCUGAUACUUAUGUUGUUUUACUUGCUUGUAAUGAGUUAUUGAGACAGAAGUGGAAAUAUGAUGCUACUAAACAAGUGCUUGUUCAUGUAAAGUCUGGUCUUUGCUUAGAUUUACCUUCUUCAACAAGACCGGAUGCACUAACUCUACAAACCUGUACAGAUUCACGAAACCAAAAGUGGAUGCUAGAAUCUGUAAACUGGAAAGCAUGAGCUUAAGUUUCAACAUUUUUAUACAAGUAUUAAUUAAUACUGGAUUUUUGAAUAGUUUUCAUCGGUAAAUUUUGCAUCAUAAGAAAAGUUAUUUCGUUAAACAACACAUUGCAUGAUUCCUUUUUUUGAAGUUAUUCAAAUAUCCAUUGGUUAUAUUUAUGAGUUUUAAAAUUUAGUUUGAACAAUGUCAUUUCUAAAAAAAAUUCUUUCUUAUUUUUAUUUUAUGUUAUUUAUUUAUUUAUUUUUUAAUUUCUUAUUACUGUUAAUGCCAACAAAAUGUAUUUCAAGUUUAUUAUUCUAUGUACUGACAGUUAUUUUAUUUAUUUUUUAUUUUUAUUUGUUUAUUUAUUUAUUUUUUUGGUUCACAUAUGUAGAGGAAAAAACUUUUAUACAGUUAAAAUUAGUUUUCUCUUCUAUGUAACCAAUUUUUCAUAUUCUUUUGAAUUUUUUUACCACAUUUCAACCCAUGAAAAAACUAAUUUCUAUUAAUUCACAAUUUUAAUAUUUACAAGGUUUCCCCCCCCCCCCCCCCAAUUUUGUGAAAAUUUUGCUUAAUAUUGAAUGAACUAAGGGAUUAGAUAACUAAUCUGAUUAUAGAAUAUUGAAUUGUCACCAGGUAUGAGGUUAAAUCUACUUUUAAAAGAAUCCAAUCACAUAAAGUUAGUGAAAAUGGAAUUGAAAGAUUCUAAUGAAAUCGUUGAAAGGUUAUGAGGUUAAAAUGUCGUGAGAAAUUUCUAUUUCAAAAUCGACUUUAAAAAUCAAAUACUAUAGUUUGCAACAGAUUAAAAUUAUACUGGAGAAGCGUUUUUACUCAAAGUUGUUGCAUAAUUUUGCUUUUGUUCAACAAAAUCAUUUGAAUUUAAAUUAAGCUCUCAAUGAUAAGAGAUAUUCUGGUCUUUGAGAUUUGGAACAAUUGCAACUAUCAUUUAAUUCCAUCAAGAUCGGCAGGUCUGAAAAUAUUUAGUGUCCAGAAUGUAUUGUUGUUAUGAGUUUAUUAUUAAUCUCACACCAGCUGGACUAUAAUGAUGUAGGUAAGUCUGUGAACAAGAGCGGUAAGUUCAGAUCAAGAAACGAUCUGAAUCGAACUGCUUGCAGUUCCCUAGGGUUGGUGAGCGACAACCAGCAGGCAGCGAUAGCUACCUAGCACAAAAAAUAAUAAGUAAUAAAUAAAUAGAAAUGAUUUUAAUCAAAGUAUUUCUUAGCUUUUAUUUGCAAACACAAUAUGAAUAAAAGCAUAAAAGCAAUAACAUGAUGCUUCACAAGCAUGAAAUAUGAGAUGUACUUUUGAUGACCAGUAUUGUAGCAUCUAAAGUCAUUUUAAUACUUCUUUUUAUGAAAGUGCCUUAAAACUGUUCAUAAUUGUACUGUACCUAAAAGUGUCUCUUAUACUUAUUUAUAUAAAUAAAUGAAAGCCAAUAGAUUAUUACACUUUUCACAUAAACAUUUUAACAUAUAAGUCCAAGUAAAUUGUUUGCUAUGAGCAGCGUUUCUUUCAGACCUUUUGUUUU